UGAAUUUCACACAUCGCCGCAGACACGACUUAAUAAAACGAAUAAAAAACUUGAAUGAAUGAAUGAAUGAAACGUUGAGUCGGAUGUUCGAUUCAUUGCUCAAAAGUAUCGGCUCGCUUAAAUGAAUCAGACGCAUUCCACGCCCCCUUUCGCAUCCAGGCAAGAUUAAUCGAUCGCAUGAACGAUUGAAUGUCAGCAAAAUGCCUUUAUAUCGCAGCGCACGGUCGAUAGUACAGUUUAUUUAUGAGCUUUAUAUAAAGUCAACACGUAAAUAAACGUGCAUUAAUAGUUAGGUAAUGUAGUCCAGCCGUUUCUGUGAGUUUUAGCUUAUUGUACGCAGUUUGUUAACCAAAGCCAGCUACGCUGACGAUGUAGCGACUUAUUUAACGUUAUUUCUACCAGGCUGAACUCAUUUCUGGUGUCUCUCCAUAUUCCUAAGAAAGCCUAAUAUUAUUUCCAGUCCCGUUUUAAAGUCCAAUGUUUAAAAUCUGUUAAAAAUAUUAGAAAAUGUGCCGUCACCGGAUGUUUACAGCGGAAGUGUGUCCAGCGCGAUAAGUGUCCGUCCUAAAACUCCAGCUCGGGUCGCAUAUGUCCAGCCGGCUUAACGUGGAGUUUCUGAAAUGGCAGCGGCGGUGUGUAGUAGAUUAUUUCUCCGUGGGUCAGUUUACGGUCUUCGGUUUGGAUCAAGAACCCAUCCAGGUCUCUCAAGUCCCUUCUUAACUCGCGGCCACAGACUGGGUCCAACGGACGAUGAGAUAUACCAGAGGACGACGGUGACGGUGAUGCAGAAGGAGUCAGACAGUGGACCCAUCAUCCUCAGCUACAGCUCAAGAGGGUUCAACGUCGACGGAAACAGAGUGAUCGGACCGUGCGCCGUGGUGCCGCCGGCUAUCCUGCAGUGGAACGUGGGCAGCUAUAAAGACAUCACAGUGGAGAGUUUGUCUCUGUUCUACCUGCUGGAGCCUCGUAUAGAGGUGCUGAUUUUGGGCACAGGAGCCCGUACGGAGCGUCUAGACCCCAACGUUCUCGCCUUCCUCCGGACGAAAGGCAUCGCUGUGGAGGUUCAGGACACGCCAAAUGCAUGCGCCACAUUUAACUUCCUGUCCAGCGAGAGACGAAUCACAGCGGCCGGUUUAAUCCCGCCUCCACCGUCAGUGCUCACUGAGUGACAUCGGAUACACACACCAGCUGGACUACAGAGACUUGAGAGAGAGAGAGUGUGUGUGUGUGCGUGUGUGUGUGUGUGUGCGUGUGUGUGUGUGUGUGUGUGUGUGUGUGUGUGUGUGUGUGGGUGUGGUUUUCUCACUUAGAGACUAUCAAUCACUGUGUGGAUGUUCACACAUCUAUUCACAAAAUCACUGUUUAAUCACAUGAGUGACCGUCAAGCACUUACUGUACAUAGCAUAGUACAGUACAAGUCCUGUACAUAGUGAAGAAUGGCAGCAGCUUCCUGUGGACGUUUGUGAGUGUACAUUUCUCAGUGUAAUGGUUGUUGUGUAAUAUAAACGUGUCUUUUUUUUCGAA